GCCCGCCCGACUUCCGCUUCCGGUCCGUGGGGUGAGGCAGCGCGRCGCUGAGGGGCGACACGGCCGGGACCCGCUGAGCGCUGUCCGCUCGCCGGUGCCGCCCGGGAGCUGCCAUGRCCCUGCCGGAGUGGCACAUCGCCGUGAAGCUGGCGGAGCAGCCGCUGGCCCCCAAAUCCAUCCUGCGCCUGCCGGAGACCGAGCUGGGCGAGUGCCCGCUGGGCGGCUGCAGCAUCUCACAGCUCAAACAGCUCAUCACGGGCAAGCUGCAGGAAUCCGUGCCGGACCCCGAGCUCAUCGACCUGAUCUAUUGUGGCCGGAAGCUGAGGGAUGACCAGACCCUGGAUUUUUAUGGAAUCCAGUCCGGCUCCACCGUCCAUGUCCUGCGCAAAUCCUGGCCUGAGCCUGACCAGAAACCAGAGCCUGUGGAUAAGGUGGCAGCCAUUCGGGAAUUCCGUGUUCUCCACACUGCCCUGCACAGCAGCCCUGCCUACAGAGAUGCCGUCUUCAAGAUGCUGGGAAACAAGGAGUCCCUGGAUCAGAUUAUUGUGGCAACUCCUGGCCUCAGCAGCGACCCUGUGGCUCUGGGAGUUCUGCAGGACAAGGAUCUGUUUUCCGUGUUUGCAGACCCCGGCAUGCUGGACACGUUGAUCCCUGCCCACCCUGCCCUGGUCAAUGCCAUCGUCCUGGUGCUGCACUCGGUGGCGGGCAGCACCCCCCUGCCAGCCCCGGACACGUCAUCGCGGGCCAUGGCCUCGGGCUCCUAUCGCGACAUGCCAGGUGGCUUUCUCUUCGAGGGGCUSUCCGACGAUGAAGAUGACUUCCACCAGAGUACAAGGUCCACCCCUUCCAGCAGCACAUCUGGCUCCCGGCCAGCCUCUCUGGGCUACGCGGGGGCUGCGGGCCCUCGGCCCAUCACCCAGAGUGAGCUGGCCACUGCCYUGGCCCUGGCCAGCACCCCUGAGAGCAGCUCCCACACCCCCACCCCGGGCACCCAGGGCCACUCCUCUGGGACGUCCCCGAUGUCCUCCAGUGUCCAGUCAGGGACACCCAUCACCAACGACCUGUUCAGCCAGGCCCUCCAGCACGCCCUGCAGGCCUCAGGGCAGCCCAGCCUCCAGCAGAGCCAGUGGCAGCCCCAGCUGCAGCAGCUGCGGGAUAUGGGAAUCCACGACGAUGAGCUGAGCCUGCGCGCCCUGCAGGCCACGGGAGGGGACAUCCAGGCUGCCCUGGAGCUCAUCUUCGCUGGGGGCGCUCCCUGAAUAUCUGCUGGGCUGGAUGUUCCAUCCCUGCCUUGCCCCGCGCGCGUGACGAAGCCGUUUUUCCCUGCUAUUUCUGCCUCCCCACGCCCCCGGCUCGCUGAGAUCUGCCUGGAUUUUGGGGCUGGAAGUGCUUUUUCCCCGAUUCCCUCCCCRAAAUUGCUCGGGAACAGCCGCUCCGGGGCUGCAGCACAGAAGUUGGCAGCGCUGCCGCUCACGACGCGGGCGCCUGGCAGGGAAGCGCCGCUUGUGCCAGGCUCCUGCAGGCUCGGGGAGCGCUCCUGGCACACGGCGGUGAUGCCCACGGGGCUUUGCCAGGCCGUGCAGCAGCAGAAAUGGRAAAAAAAAAAUCUCUGAAGUGCAGGAUUUUGUUGGGUAUGGGGGAGGAAGCGUUCCCUGGCACAUGCCCAGAGAAGCUGGCGCUGUUUCUGGAUCCCUGAAGUGUGAUGGGGUGGCUUCAAGGUCCCUGUUCCUAAAUUGUCAGGGGUUGAAUGUGACACAWUCCGUGUUUUGGGGUCGAGCUUUGAUGCCCUGACACCUUCCCCAUGUUUUGUSACGUCUCCCACGUUUGGGUUGGAGUUAACCCGCUCUGGCUGGUUCUGUUUGUCCCUGUCCUGUCCCGGUCCCGGCUCCCACCCCGCUCUGAGCCACAGCGCGAGGGCAAAGUCACCUUCGGUGCUUCGAUGGGACUGGGGGAAACUGGGAGAUUUUGGGGGGGAAUCCCAUUUUGGGGAGGGAAUUCCAUUUUGGGAUCCCCAUUUUGGGGAGGAAAUCCCGUUCUGGGGAGGGAAUCCCAUUUUGGGAUCCCAUUUUGGGGAGGAAAUCCCGUUUUGUGAACCCCGUUUUGGGGAGGGAACCUCAUUUUGGGGAGGAAACCGCAUUUUGGGGCAGGAUUUCUCUGGCUGAUCCUUUUCCAUCAUCACUUCUCUUGGUGCUUUCCUGGCUACUUCCAGCUUUGCCCUUGGAGGAAAAGCCAAAAAAGUGCAAUUUUUAGUUUUUCUCUUUUUUCCAGCUGG